GCGAAGGGGCCUCUUAUUCGUGUCAUUCUUGAGCGUGAUCAGUGCCUUGACUGGCUGGUGAUCAGACACAUUGUAGAGUCGGUGUGUGUGUGUGUGGCCAGUAUACUCAACAGAGAACCACUGACCGGGACCCAUGACUUGGAGAGAGUGGAGUGGGGAAUGAGGUCUCUCUGACCAAGGAUGGCGGGGCUUUAUUGCUGUCUUCGAGGCAGCUCUGGGGACUAUAUUAUGGCUACGGGGUUGCCAGAUAUCAGACAGGCAUCAGAGAUGGAAGAAUUCAAUGAAGAAUGUUCAGGUAAGAAGAAAUCAAAGUUUAAAACUUUCAAAAACUUUUUUGCCAAGAAGAAAAGGAAAGUUACGAGAAGACCCAAAGGAGAAAACAGCCUGAAACCAAGCCAGUCAAGCACUGAUGUCAGCACUGCCGAACCUUCUGAAAUACAGCCUGACUCUGAGACAGGCUCCCAAGGUAAUAUUGGAAGCAGAGCUUUCUCGCAUGACAGUAUUUUCAUCCCUGAACUAUCCAUCUCUGAGGCAGUGCCAGUCCGAGGAACAUCCCAGGAGAAUGUGGCUGGCAGGGUGAAAGCUUUACAGUUACAACUUGAACAGAACAUCCGACUGGCUUCCCCUGGUGUGUUGAUCUCUUCCAAAAGGAGUGAGGAUGCAGGAACUAUGUCUGAGGAUGAUGGGCUGCCCAGAAGUCCUCCAGAAAUAUCAUCUCUUCAUGCAGUUCUGAGGUGUUCAACUCCGAAGUGUGCUGCCCCCAUUGAGCGACACAACUCUUUAAGUUUAGGUGGGACUGAGAGUGAAGAUGAAGAACUGAUAUCCUCGAUGCCUUCUUCCAGACCCCUCUCACCACUGGUUCACAUGACAACCAGCUCUGACUCACUUCCUGUUGAUUUCAGCUCCCCAGCUAGUUCACUUGCUUGUUUGAAUAACUCUGCAGCAAAACACAAGAUUGCUGUCAACCCUCGUAGACAGAAGUUCUUUGCCAAGCAGACGAAGCCGACUAUUAGAGAAGAUUCUUGUAGUCCAGAGGAUAAAAAGAAAGGUGAAAGGGAUCAAGUCAGAGCCACUGCAAGUCAGCUGCCGAAUAAACAUCCAUUGGCAGAUGGUGACAUUGAUGUCCAUCAUAACAAAAUGCCUUGUCCAAAGUUUCUCGAAAUGAAUGAUGAGGAAUGUGCAGGAAGAGUUCCAGACAUUCCCAGAGCACCUGCUACUUCUGACAGUCACAGUGCAGAGCCUGGAGAUACAUUUGAUGGAGAAAUCACCACUCUGAAUGGAGAUACAUUGCCUAGCCCUACAAGUCGAGAGGUACUUCCUCCGGAACCAGUCUGUACUUCUGAAGACCUGCUUGACCCUGAGCCGACUCCCGUUGUUGCAGGAUCGGGACCAGAAGCAUUCCCAGCACGUGAAGACGAUUCCAAGUUGUCUUCCGUAAAGGCCAUUGCUGACAAAAAGGAAAACGAUGCAUUGCCCUCCUGUACCACACCAAUGGCCGUAACUCUGUCACCGGAGUAUUCUGAGAAUAGAGUUCAGGAUGCAGACAAAGCUCCAACCAGUGAAGAUCUCCUGUUCGGGGAUGUUGAGGGAGAUUUGGUUUCCCCCAUUGCAGAUGCACUUCCAUCAUUGAAAUCCAACCUGGCUGCACUGCUCCAGGAGGAGAGAGAAGAGGGAAUAAUUUUAAAUAUAUUAAGUGCACCAGAACAUAGUUUGACACCUGAACAAGUAAAGGAAACUGCACUUUGUGAUGAGACAUUGGGUUCAUCCAAAGAGUGUCAAGGAUGUGUGGAAAAUAUCCCGACAGAUCAGUCAAUAAUGGAAGAGACAGAUGCCGAGAGCUUAUUAAAUCACAGACCAGAACGAGUUCCAAAGCCAUACGAUGAGUUGACAGACAAUGUUGGUUUUAUAUCCGAAGUUCCACUUGAAGAUUCAGUAAAGCAAGCUGAGCGCUCUACUCCACAAUUAGUCCGCAGUCAGGCAGAGCCUGAGCUUUCAUUUUCAGAUGAGCUGUCACAGGAACAUCUCAGGCCUACUACUCAAGGUUUCAUCAAGUUCUCAAUUGCAUCUGCUUGGCAGAGGUCCAUGAUGGAUGCUAAGAGAAGGAAUACGGACGGUAGUCUCCUGACAGUGCCAAAACCUGGGUAUUGUGAAGAUACAUCUGAAGGAAGUCCCAACGAAGCAUUGUCAAGUCAGGGUGUCGAAGACUCCAUUAGACAUCAACAGAUUCUUAAUCUGCCGUUGAAAUUGAAACCUGAUGAAAAUGAACAAGCAUCUGUGGACAGCAGUCUCCAAGAUAUAGAACAACAAGCAGAAACUGGACAGGAUACCAUGGGAAGUCCAUUUGGUGUCAGGCUGAGAAGAACUUCACCUCUUUAUAAAUAUUCCACUGAAGGUGGCUUCGAACAUAAAGUAGUUGAAAGAAGAGAUGCUAUAGGAGAGAUACCAUGCUCUGCAACAUUAACUCCCGCGCUCUGGAAAGGAGAUGGUGCAACAAGUGGCCAAGCAGAGGCUUCUUUGACAACUGGAACUGAAAAAGAUGUCAGUAAAAAUGCAGCCAAAUCAAUGCCAGAGGAUCAGAAGGGUGGGUGUCCAACAUCCGGGAAAACUGAUUCACUGGACACCUCAACGGAACCUGUCAUGCGAGAAAAGUAUCAUGUUCCUCGAGCAAAGAAUGAGAGAAAGAGUAGUGAAACCUAUCCGGAUUUUGGUAAAACAUCAGAGAAGAACUCUCAGCCUGCCAAACCUGAACCAGGAGACAGCCCAAGAGUCAAUUCUUCAGAGCCAGUCUGGGUCUCUUUAGCAAGACAAAAACAGAAAGGCUUUCAAGACCAGUAUGCAGGGACACAGGAGAGAAUCCAACUCUUAGAGGAUAAAUCCGUGAUUCAAACAGACAUAAAUAAGGAAGCGACAAAGCACCUGAUGAAAAAAGUUACAGAUAAGGAGCCUCUUUCCAGCUUUCAGAGCAAGGAAAUGAAAACAAAUGUGAAGGAAGAACACCUGUCCAGGAUAACAACUCCCCCUACAUUUGGUUCACACCUACCGCCAAAGCCACAGGCCUGUGGAAUGGGAAUGAGGGAGAAGCGGCCAAUGUCCAACACAAAGCUUGCUCCGUUGGCUGCAGUGGAGCCUCCAUGGCUGGCCAUUGCCAAGAAGAAGGCCAAGGCAUGGAGCGACAUGCCUCAGACUGUCCAGUAAAAGAGCCUGCAACAAAAUAAGAAUUCAAGACAAUAUUGCUCUUCAACCCACCUCAGAGACCCUUAUGUGACCAGCUUUGCUGUUUAUGCGGAGACUACUGUGGUAUAAAGUCUAGCUAUGAAGGUAUUAGGUGGAUGAAAGGACACAAAAGGGUAGAAAGAUAUGUUGAGUAAUGUUACAAAACAAGAGCUUUUUAUAGACCACUCAAUAUACCACAUUCCCCUACACAGGGGUACGGUAGCAUAGUGGUUACAUUACAGGAAUGGUAAACCAGAGGCUGGGACUCAUAACCAAGAGACACAAGUUCAAAUCCCACCAUAACAGAUGGGGAACUUAAUUAAGUGAUUCAUUAGAUAAAUUCCCCAGUGUGAAAGCUUUGGAUUGUUGUAUUGGCCUUUUAGGAAGGAAAUCCGGUGGUCUUAUCUGGUCGGGCAUAUAUGUACGUCAAGACCUGGUGCAGUAUGUUGGAUCUAAGGCUGGCAUUCUGAAAUGGCAAACUAUUCCAUUCAAGGGCGACCAGGGAUGUGCAAUAAAUGCAUUCACAUGAAUAAAUAAAGGUAUUCAGUUCUGUUGGUAUCGAUAGGACUGAGUUUUGGCGGGGUGUUGAACAAGUGGCCCACUUUGCAUCAGUUAGCCCCAGUCUUUCAAUCCCAAAGUAUGUUGCUCUGUUCAGUGUUUUAUGCAUACUUGUAUAAACUUGUUUUAAACAGCUUAGUGCUUCUGCUAAAGUAACAGCAGGGAAAUGAAAUAUUUACUAAUAUCACCAGCAGUAUGUCUAGGCUAAUCACUUUUCUUGUCAAUUUUUAUAUCUAAGUGGUUUCUUGUUUCAAAGUUAUUUUAAACUUACCUGUUCAAGUGAUUUAAAUGUGUAAUUCCUUGCAUUUAUUGGAAUGGCUGGGUAACACCACUAUAAAUGCUCAACGAUAAACUCAAUUUACUUCUGGAAUGAACAGCCACGUUGGAAGAAAAUGUCUGAACUUCCAAUCACACAAGCAGCUGGCACUGUUAGAAUAGGAUUUAAUCUACUUUUAACUGACUACAGGUUAGAACAUAGAACAGUACAGCACAGGAACAGGCCCUUCAGCCCAUGAUGUUGUGCCGAACUAAUUAAACUUGUAAUUGAACACCUAACUAAACUAAUCCCAUUUGCCUACGCAAGGUCCAUAUCCCUCCAUUCUCUACACAUUCAUGUGUCUGUCUAAGAGCCUCUUAAACGCCUCUAUCGUAUCUGCCUCCACUACCACCCCUGGCAGCGCAUUACAGGCACCCACCGCUCACUGUGUAAAAAACUUGCCCCGCACAUCUCCUUUGAACAUACCCCCUCUCACCUUAAAUGCAUGCCCACUAGUAUUAGACAUGUUGACCCAAGAAGAAAGAUACCACCUGUCUGUUCUAUGUUUUUCAUAAUCUUAUAAACUUCUGUCAGGUCUCCCCUCAGCCUCUGACGCUCCAGAGAAAGCAACACAAGUUUGUCCAACCUCUCCUUUUAGCACAUGCUCUCCAGUAUAAGCAGCAUCCUAGUAAACCUCUUCUGCACCCUCUCCACAUCCUUCCUAUAAUGGGGUGACCAGAACUGAAUGCACCACAGAUGCAGCCUAACCAGAGUUUUAUAAAGCUGCAACAUAACUUCCUGACUCUUGAACUCAGUCUCUCCACUAAUAAAGGCAAGCAUGUCAUAUGCCUUCCUUGCCACCCUAUCAACUUGUGCAGCCACUUUCAGGGAGUCAUGGACUGGGACCACAAGAUCCCUCUGUACAUCGAGGUUCAAUGCAGCGGACAGGUCUUUCACUUUGGUAACCUUAAGGCAGCACUGAUGGAAAGAAAGCUCCCUCUUCUCUCUUGCUGUAAAAUUCCUAUGACAUAGUAUUUAAUUGAGCCCUUGCUUCAGAGCACUAGACUGGUGGGCGAGACUUGGACAGAGACUCAUUGGCGGGACAGAGUAAGUAAAGACUUGGCCCACACCCAAAUGAAGUUUUCACACUGCCAUCAAUUGUAUGAGGGAAUUGCAGCAGGAAUUUCCACUAGUUAAAGAUCUAAUCAUAUUAAAAAAAAACAUCUGUUUGCUCGAGAAAUCCAAAACUACUUCCACUGCAUCAGAAGCUGCCAAAACUCUUGCAUCUUCUUUUACUUCAAAUAAUUAUCCAUUUUUCCUUUAAAUGAACACCAACCACUGCUUCAGCCAUUCCUGUUGAAGCAAAACCUUUUGGGAAGUCAUUUGCCCAGAAAUUAAUUCUCUGUCAGUGGUGCUAAAUAUGAUUUAUAGUUGUGAUAAAAGGCUGUACUCCAUCUCUAGAAUUUAUUCUAUUGACUGUCUUGGCAAUAACAGCCAAUCUCCCACUUUUCUCUUUUAGUAUCAGGUUGACGAAGAUGCUGGGUGCAGACGUAGUGGGUCAGUUUCUAUGCUAUAUGACUCUAUGACUGUAAACCCCAUAGCUAACCUGCAAAUUGCAGGAACCAUUUCUUUCUCAUUCACUGUUUCUCAGCAAUGCUCGAAGAGAUCAGGGGCUCUUAUUUUUCUGAUUGCACCCAGCACUGAUACUCUACACAAUAUGUCAUGCCACGUAGUUGAUUUCUUUCAGGGGCUUUGGCUCUUACUUUGAAGUUGGGUUGAUCCCUUAUUCAUACCAUCAGCUCAUAGUCAGGGUGUGGUCAAAAUCACCUCAUGGUGAGGAAGAAAUUGCAGUUUAAGGCACCUAAAUCUCUGGGCAGAUCUGAUCCUGAGAGUGCAUGAGGUGAAAAGGGCUUCACUACCCAACAAAGAUUAAUGAGAUGAAAAAGUCUAUUAAAAAAUAAUAAGACUGUAAGGGUUGGAGUCUCAAUCAGUUCUUGAUAUAACUGGAAUUGAAGUUUCAAAUAUUAACAGUUGCUUGAAAGAUCAAACUCGCUUGAAAGAUCAAAGGCAGCUGGUAAAGACAUUGUCUCACGGCGCCAGAGAUACAGGUUCAAUCCUGACCUUGGGUUUACAUGUUCUCCCUGUGACCGCAUGGGUUUCACCAGCUCUGGCUUCCUCCCAAAUCCCAAAGAUGUGCUGGUUGGUAGGUUUGGUGGACACUGUAACUUGCCCCUCGUGUGCAGGUGAGUGGUAGAAUCUGGGGAGGGCUGGUGAGAAUGUAGGUAGAAAUUUUUUAAAAUGGGACUAAUAUAGGGUGAGUGUAAAUGAGUGGUUGAUGAUCAGUGCGGACUUGGUUGGACACAGGGCCUGUUUUCAGGCAAUAUCUUUCUAUGACUAUGGUUCUCUAGUGAUCUGUUGUUGACAAUGAGGAAUAGCGAGUAACAUUGAUGCUUUAUGCUGUCCACUGAAAUUGGUUAUGUAGAUUCUGGCAUCCUCCAAACUGCAGCAACAUGGAGAACUUACCAACAACCACUCAAGUUUGCACUGGAACAUAUUAGUUCAUUACAACAUGUAAACCACUUCCUGUUGUCUUGUAACAUUCAUCUCUCAAUUAUUUAACUAAUAUGUAAUUUUAAGGUUGCAAAAGGGAAAAGUUAGAAAUUUACUUUUCAAUCAAAGGGCUUGGAACAUUAGAGGAAAAAGAACAGCCACUCUAUACCUUGAACAUGUAGUGUUUCCGAUCAGCGUCUUACUUCCAUUUAUCAGCUUGAGUUUCCUAUGUUCUGCUAAUCAGAGCUUCAAAAACCUAGGAAGCUCCGAUUGUCCCUGCACACCAUCGCUUUCCUUGGGCAAGAGGUUCUGCACUUCAAAUAACUCUUUUAUAUUUCAAAAAUAAACUUUAUGCAUCAUAAAAAUAGAUAUACAAAAGAGAAACAGUGCAAAACUUUUUACAUUCAUGGUCAAUACAUUCAGUCGUGUUAUCUUAUUUUUUUAAACCAUAUCACCAUUGCCAUUCAUGUGGCCCCAUGGGGUGCUACACCAUUUCAAUGUUUGAGGGGCUUCCCCAUGUGACUCAGCCCCUCCAUGUGUGGUCGCGGGAGGAGCCCAGCCUGUGGUCCUUCCCCACAGAGACUUUGCGUUGGCCGCACCGAGCUUCGGUGUGUCCCUCAGCACGUACUCCUGCAGCCUGGAAUAACUCUUGUGUGGAAAGUGCCCCUCAAUUUCCACUCCCAAAAGACUCCUAUUUCAGUUUAUAUCUCCUGAUUUUUUCUCCACUCGCCACAGUGAGGAUUACAGAGUUGCAGUACAUGGAGAUAGGAUUAGACGCAGACUCUGGAAAAGUUUUAAAACAAGAGUGGAUAAAUAUUGAAAAGGCAGAGAUUUGCAGAAAGGGAUUGGAAGGGGCUGGAAUCAAAGACCAAAUGAAUCUCGCUUUCAGAGAGCGGACAUAGCAAUACUAAUAAAAGGACCUUUUUUUCUGGAUAGUUCCUCUAAUCCAUUGCAGAAUGAAAAAAAAUCAUCAAAGUCAAAGUCGUGUUUAUUGUCAGAAGCACAAGUACAUGUGUGCACAGGUGCAGUGAAAAACUUACUUACUGCAGCAUCACAGGCACAUAGCAUCAGAUAAGCAGCAUUCACAAGAAAAACAUAAAUUUAAAUUAUACACAAUUUUUACAAGAAAGACACAAUUAGAGCCAAAAAAAAAAGUCAUUUAGUACAAAGUGAUCACAGUGUUGCUAAACUGUAGUGGUGAGGGUUUUGCCGGUUGGUUCAAGAACCAAAUGGUUGAAACUGGUCUUGAAUAUCAUUCUUGGAAUAUCUGCAUGGCAGCAUGACCAGCAUUUCCCAUUCCUAACUGUCGUUGAGAAGGUAGUGGUGAGCUACAACCUUGAGAUGCUGCAUUCUUUUGGUAUAGAUACACCCACGCUACUGCUGGGGAGGGUGUUCCUAGAUUCGUCCAGCAACAAUGAAGGAAUGGCGUAUGACGUGAAGAGGUCCCACCCUGGGUGGAGUGGAGGUGUCCCAUGUGCCUGUUACCUUUCCACUUCUGAGUAGAGGCCACAGAGUUGGAAGGUGUUGUUGAAGAAGCUUUGAGGCAUUUUGGACACACUGCAGCCACAAUAUGCUGGUAGGGUAGGAAGUCAAUGUGUAACCUAGAUGACGCAUUGACAAACAAGAGGGUUGCUUUGUCCAGGAUGGUGUAAGUCGUUCUCAGUGCUGAGAUAGCAAACUCAUAGAAUCGUAACAUCACAGAGACAUACAGCAUGGAAACAGGCUCUUUGGCCCAUUGAGUCCACUCUAACCAUCACCCAUUUACACUAUUCUUACACUGAUGAUCCCAUUUUUUUUAUUCUCCCCAUUUUCUCACCAAUGUCCACACCCUCCCUCCCUGCCCCAUCCUCCCCAGAUUCAACCACUCACCUACACGCUCGGGACGAUUAACUGUGGCCAAUUAACCUACCAACCCGCACGUCUGGGAUGUGGGAGGAGAGCGGAGCACCCAGAGGAAACCCACACAAGGAAAACAUUUCAGGCUCUGCGCAGACAGCAUUGAACCUGAGUCGCUGGCUGACUGGCGAACCUGAGGCACUGUGAGGCUCCUGAUAAAUCUUGGGGGAAAAAACCUCCUCAGUAGUAACUGUGUUGUAAUAUCCAAACUUCUUGCAAAGCUGUGAAUUUUAAAUGAAAAUUGAAGCAUAUCGUUUCAACAGAACCAUUCCAAUGAUUGGUUAUUGACCUAAAACAUUAAUCCUGCUUUUAUUCCCACAGCCGCUGAAUUUCCAAAAUUGUCAGGCUUUGUUUUAGCACUGCCUCACUAAACUAGAAUAAAAUCCCGCUUACCGGCUGACUGCCUCCCCUUCACCCUCCUUUGAUCCUUAGCUUCCCACAAAGGGAGCACACGGAGAAAAUGAGAAUUAUCCCGAUCUUUGACCAACAGGGGGUCCCCACACACGUGCUAUUGUUUCACCAAACUGAACCUCCCUUGUUGUUCCACCUCCUUAAAACUAUGAGUUCCAACUAACCACAGGUGGAUGCAAAAUGCUGAGGAGGAGGUGAUGCACAAUGCAUUUGGAAAUGUGCCCUGUUAUCUAUGUUGUUGGUGACUGGAAUGCCUGUUGCUGGAUUUUGAGUUCACCACCUGCUGACUGAACUGAGUUGAAUGCUGGGUUAAGAGACACAAGAGACCGCAGAUGCUGGAACCUGGAGCAACAAACGAUCUACUGGAGGAACUCAGUGGGUCGAGCAGCAUCUGUGGGAGGAGAGGAAUUGUCCUGAUGCAGGGUUUCGACCCGAAACGUCAACAAUUCCUUUCUGCCGGCACAUGCUGCUUGACCUGCUGAGUUCCUCCAGCAGAUUGUUUGGAUGCAGGGUAAGGUGUGUCCUGUUGCCUUGUGGAGGAGGAGACAGAGUUCCCAGCAAGUAACCCAAUCCCAGGUAUUUAUUUAAUCUGUAUACUUAUUAAGGCAAAACUCAUAAUCAAUAAAAUCUUUUUCACAUAAAAACUUGAAGAUUUUGUGAUGCUUUCACCAGGACUUCUCAGGUUUUCAUAAGAUAUGGACUUCUCCGGCAAGACUGGCAUUUACUGACCAUCCCUGCUUGCCCACCACCCCCCCCCCCCCAGCCAUGUCAGAGGGCACAUGGGGCACAUUGGUGGGUCGGAAGUCACAUACAGUCCAGAAAGGGUAAAGAUGGCAGAUUUCCUUUCUUGAAAGUAAAUCAAUGAACUAAACAUAAAUAGCCUGUCCUGGUCAAAUCAUAUAGAUGCCACGGCCAAAAAAGCUCACCAGUGCCUCUACUUUCUCAGGAGGCUAAAGAAAUUUAGUAUGUCCCCUUUGACACUCACCAACUUUUAUCGAUGCACAAUAGAAAGCAUCCUAUCGAGAUGUAUCACAGCUUGGUAUGGCAACUGCUCUUCCCAGGAUCACAAGAAACCGCAGAGAGUUGUGGACACAGCCCAGUGCGUCACAGAAACAAGCCUCCCCUCCAUGGACUCUGUCUUUAUCUCUCGCUGCCUUGGUGAAGCAGCCAGCAUAAUCAAAGACCCCACCCACCCGGGUCAUUCUCUCUUCUCCCCUCUCCCACCAGGCAGAAGAUACAGGAGCCUGAGGGCACAUGCCACCAAGGACAGCUUCUAUCCCACUGUGAUAUGACUAUUGAAUGGUUCCCUUGUACGAUGAGACGGACUCUUGAUCUCACAAUUUACCUUGUUGUGACCUUGCACCUUAUUGCACUG